CCAGGCCAGGUGUUUGAAGCCAUGACAUUCCCAUGGUAUCGGAUGACAGUUCCGCCGGAGUGGCGCUGUCCCAACUGUAGGCGCGGCUUGCAGAAUGUAGACUGCUGGUGUGGCAGUCAAAGCAGUGAAGUGACACCCCGUCCUUCCGACUUAAGCAAGACCCAAAAGAUCUACACCGACUUCCUGAAAAGGGAGCCCUUUGACCAGAUGCGGCAGCGUCUUCUGCAGCGUGGCCAGCGACAGCUGAAGUCGCAGGCGGAGUACUUGCUUCAGCACAUGGGUCUCAGUGAACAUCAGCUGCAGAAAGGACUAAGCCAAGGGAAGGUCGGCUCCGGGUCGGACACCUUAAAGCUGCAGCUCCAGAAGCUUCAGCAGUCGACCUCCCUCCCGCAGCUCAGUUCCAGAUCUCGCUCCGUUCGAAGCUCGCUAUCUCGAGGAUCUGGGGCUUCUGGGGAAGCUGGGCCACAGGACCCAGUGAUGGCAUACAUCAUGCAUGGACCGCCAGCGUACUCGCCAACAUUGGCCGGAAUGGCAUCCGCAGCAUCCGCAGCACUUCCUUGAGAGUCGCAUGUGACACCGCAUGUGUUUGCGUGCCGACUGGAUACUUCAAUAGUUGCCAUGGUCACAAGUACUCUAGAGGCUUGUGCUGUUAGGUACAACGGGGCCUGUCUCGGAUUUGGAAUCUCCAAAGUCCCGUGCAAUUCAUAUUUAUUCAUAUUGAUUAGCAUCUUCCUGAUUGAACUAGCGAUUUGGGAUCUGGGUACCACAAAACACAGUUCCAUCAUUUUACCUUUUGAGACACACCCAACUGUUUUACUGAAGUCACUGAAGUCGUCUUGCUCCCAAGGAGCAUGAGCUUCAGCACAGGACGAUAUGCUCCCGGCGUUUGAGAAA